CGGGCCAUGAUCAAGGUGAAGUACCAGAUUAAAGGAACCGACAAGGCAUCUGUGUUUAUCAGCUGUAUGUCAGAGACUAUCAGGGUGCUCACUGCAAGUUGCGAUUCCACAGAGUACAAGCGCAGACUCACAGAACUGAAGCAGGCAGAAGAGCUGCUGUACCAGGCUACCAAUCCAGUCGAAGUACCGAAUGGACAAACUCUGAACGAGAUCAGAGCACUCAAACGGCUCCGUAAGACAGACUGUGCGUACGCGCCGCAGUUCCUAGACAACACCGCAGAUUGGCUCAUGCCAGGUAUCUACAAGGAAGGCAUGGUCGGGGGGUUUGUGGUGUUCAUUCUAAUGGCAAGAGUGCCCCGGGAUGAGGCGGAUGUCGUGGCUUUCUGGAACCGGAGUAAAGAGGAGAGGGAUGAGAUUAGGAAGGCUUUCAAGACGGCACUCCUAUGAGCGAUGCUGACUUUGCGUGGCCCGGAUGUAUGCUAAUAUGUUUGCAGCGAACUUUAGAGCCGUGGAAUUGAUCCUAAAGACUAUGUCUUGCGCAAUCUCAUGUGGGACGAGCAAACCCGAAAGUGCUACAUUGUCGACUUCGAAGACUACGCAAACCUGAUUUCUCCCAUGGAUGAAGAAGAUCGACAAUGUUACCCUCGAUGGCAGAGCUGGCGAAUAUCAGAAAAGUUUA